AUGGAGGACAUCGUCAAGGUGUUCUUCAAGUGCACCAAGUGGCAGAGAGAGGAGACCUCUGACCCGCUGAUCUGCCCCUACAGCUACUUCUGCGACAGCGUCUACCCGGGGGACUACUCCGCCGCCGUUGACGUCUCAAUCUUCCUCCUCUCCGCCGCCUCCUACGCCUUCGCCGUGGCCGCCACUUUGCUGGAUUUGGCGGGAGAAUCCCCCGCCGUUGACUGGACCCAGCGGCUGAGGGUUCUUCUCCCGUCCGGGCCGGUCGUCCUCCCGGCACUGCUCCUGGCCCUAGUCAACGGCCACCGGACCGGCGCCGCCAUCCCGCUCUCCAGCAUCGGGCCGGCGUUCUUCCAGCUGGUUCUCCUCUCAGCCCUCGCCUUCGAGAACCCGCCGGAGAGGACCCUCCGACACGUGCUCCUCGUGGUCUCCAGCAUCUCCGGAAUCCUCCACGCGAGUUUCCGGCUGGAUGCCGUCAUCUUGCCUUACUACACCGGGCUGGACGCCCUACUGCGCUCCACGCUCUCCGGCGAGUGCCCCACCUGCGUGUGCCGCCAAGAGGCGCUGGUGGUCGGCGGCAACCUUGUCUCCUACAGAGGGUGGUCGACGGCGACGUUCGCCGUCGCCGGCACCCUCUUGUGCAGGUUCGGCAGCUUGUUGUGUGGUGAGGAGAAGAUAGGUGUGGCGGUGAAGUCGGCGGUGGAAGCCCUCGCCUGGGUGCUGAUAGGAAGAGAUUGGGUUGACUUUAUUGGGGAUCUCCCCCCAGGAGAGCUUAUGGAGAUGGCCGCUCAUGUGGCUGUCUGCCUCCUGAUGAGCCUCCAGAUCUUGAGGAGGGCUUGCUCUCUCUUGGUUUGGCUGGGAGCCAUGACCAGUUUGUAA